AGACGGACUCGAGGCGUUAUCUCUUCCUUAACCUGUUUUUCUUUUCGUUUUAAGUCGAAUUCUGGUGUCUGUGUGUGUGUGGGGGGGGGGGGGGGAGAAGAAGGUCUCAUUCACUCAUGUCAAUACGUCGAGAGCAGAUCGUGGAGGUAGAUGUGAGCAAAAAGAUGAUAAAAAACAUGAAGGAUGUGGAAGAGCCUCGGAAAAAGGACACGGAUCCUCCUGGAGAGCUAAAUAUGUCCCAAAAGUCGUCACCUCAGAGAAGGCCUUUUACAUGUAAGAUUUGCUUUCACAGUUUCAAGAGGAAACACCAUCUCAAGGGCCAUUUAGCAGUUCACUCUAACGUAAAGUCCUUUGAGUGUCCACAAUGCAGUAAAAGGUUCUCUUUUGGUUAUGGCUUAAAGAGACAUAGCAAAAUCCAUGCCAAGGAUGCCGGAUAUGAGACAAGGCCCUUUGAAUGUCACAUUUGUACUCAGAGAUUCAAAAUGAAGCAACAUCUCAAGCUCCAUAUGCUUGUACAUUGUGAGGCAGAACCCUUGGAGUGUCCACAGUGCAGUAAAAUGUUUUCUAGGAAAGCUACCUUACACAGACAUAUCAAAACCCACGUUGAGGAUGCAAAGAAAGCCCAGAAAGUACGGUUUGCUGAGACAAAGUCAGCUAACAAGUUCAGUCAAGCAAGGGAACCUACUGAAGCAACGAAAGGGCUCCUGAAAUCACCUGCUGAGGAUGUAAGGGAGUUACAGGCUGCUGGCAUCACCGACGACGAGUUUAUAAUCGUGGAGGUAGAUGUGAGCAAAAAGAUGAUAAAAAACAUGAAGGAUGUGGAAGAGCCUCGGAAAAAGGACACGGAUCCUCCUGGAGAGCUAAAUAUGUCCCAAAAGUCGUCACCUCAGAGAAGGCCUUUUACAUGUAAGAUUUGCUUUCACAGUUUCAAGAGGAAACACCAUCUCAAGGGCCAUUUAGCAGUUCACUCUAACGUAAAGUCCUUUGAGUGUCCACAAUGCAGUAAAAGGUUCUCGCUUGGUUAUAGCUUAAAGAGACAUAGCAAAAUCCAUGCCAAGGAAGCCGGGUAUGAGACAAGGCCCUUUGAAUGUCACAUUUGUACUAAGAGAUUCAAAAUGAAGCAACAUCUCAAGCUCCAUAUGCAUGUACAUUGUGAGGCAGAACCCUUGGAGUGUCCACAGUGCAGUAAGAUGUUUUCUAGGAAAGCUACCUUACACAGACAUAUCAAAACCCACGUUGAGGAUGCAAAGAAAGCCCAGAAAGUACGGUUUGCUGAGACAAAGUCAGCUAACAAGUUCAGUCAAGCAAGGGAACCUACUGAAGCAACGAAAGGGCUCCUGAAAUCACCUGCUGAGAUGUAA